AUGCGCGGUGUCCGGGGAUUCAGCACCCUUCGAGCUCGAUCCUACAUUUUCCGACUGCCGCUCUUCACUCGAGCAAUCAUACUCGUCAUUAUCAUCUUCUGGGCCGUGAGCCUGCCGUCGAUCUGGGACAUCAAGGGCUGGGGCGCCUUGAUUCCCGACAAAGUCUCUUUUACCACGGCAUACCGACUUUCGACCUUUCCCCUAGUUCACCUGAAUCUCAUCCAUGCUGCUCUCAAUGUGGUCGCACUGACGCCUUUGAUGGAGAGGUUCGAGAGCGAACACGGAACACUGCCUACGCUUUCCCUGUUCUUUGGGCCUUUGACGACACUUCCUGCGAUUCUAUACCUCGUCAUCGAACGUGGUAUCCUCCGCAGCAAUAAUGCAGUCGUCGGAGCAAGCGUUUGGGUAUUCCUUUUACUGGGAAUGGAGGCGAUUCGAACGUACAGAUCGAACCCCCACCUGGUUAUUGCCACGUACCACAUCCCGACUUGGACAACACCGCUACUCAUGAUCAUUGUGGUGGCCGCCUUGGUACCAAACACGAGCCUACUUGGGCAUUUAUGCGGUGCAGCCGUCGGGUACAUAUGUGGACUUGGCUAUGUCAAGUUCCUUGCACCCCCAGAAUGGGCUCUGCGCUGGGUCGAGACGCGCCUUAACCUGCUGGUAAUUCUGCCGCACUACGUUAGCAUCGAUCAGAAGACGUACGGCCGGUUUGGGGUGUUGCCUUCUAGCAAUCGUACGGGAGGCAGUGUGGCAACAGAACUCGUGGGGGGGUCCCAGCGUCUCGGACCCUGA